GCUCUGGAUCUGGUUGCUUUUGUAUUUUCUAAUAUUUUAAUUUUUCAGUUUUUGGAUGAAAGGAUUUGCAAAAUGUUUUUAUCCAAGCAGUAAAGAUUCAUUUUUUAUGCUAGAAUUACUGUCCUUUUAAAAUGCUGUAAUUUGUAUAACCAUAAAAAUGUUUAAUCUAUUAAAAGGGAGGGUUUUCUUUGCAUGUACACAUUUCCACCAAAGAGGACAAGGUUGUUUUUUUAAAGAUUUUUAUUUUUGACAUUAGUAUCAGAAUUUUAGAAGCAUAUUUAUUGAUUGUAUUAAUUUUAGUGUUGCGUUAAAAAUAUGAGCUCAUCAUCCUAUAUUGUCUUCCCAUUUCAGCUGUUAAGACUCAAGACACUUUUUGAAAAAUACAUUUUGAACUUUCUCAUCUGAUGACAAUAAAAGAAUAGAAAAAUAGAUUAGAAUUUGUUUUUUUAUGUUGUAUUUCAGGUCUAGAAUAUGCUCAUUAACAAGCAUUCAAGUGCAAGAGUCAGAUUAUAAAACAACUUUCAAUAGAACUGUUUUAUAGUCUAAUGACAUUCAAACAUUAGUAUGAUUUAAACAACAAAAAAAGUUGUUUUUUUCUUUUUUUCUAAUCAAAAUACAAGAGACUUAUUCUUUACAUAACCUUGCAGAUGGCUACAAGAUUAGCAUGUAUGUCUGCAAGUUUAGUAGCUCGGUUAGUUGACCUGCUAACAGUAACAAUGUAGGCUCCAACAUUGAAUUUAAAAUGGCUUAUUAAUUUUGUUUCUUUAUAUUUAAUCAAAUACAUGUGUUUAGACACCAUUAUGUAUCUUAAAACACCUUGUGUCAUUUGUUUUUCACUUCACUUCAACACUAGAUUGUAUUAAUGGACAACAUGCGAUGCCAUUUUCCAAGCAGCAGUGACAGUGGUGGUGCUUUCGUGUUUCAGACCUUUUACCUUUUUCUGGAAUGCAACAUCUUUUGUCUCUCAAGUAUUGUGUAUUACUGUCUCAGUUUCUUUUAAAUGUCAUCUUUCAGUUCUCAUUUUAAGUUUUUGUUGUGUUUCCUCAGUGAUCUCAUAUUUUUUCCCUUUUUUCACAUUUCAUUUUUGUUUUAUGGGGAGGUGGAAAACAAGUGCUGUAAAUGUUUUGGGGGGUUUUUAAACAUGGUUUUCAAGUCAAAGUAUUGAGGCCUGCUGAUGGUGAGUUUGCUCCAGCUGAGCAUGGAGCUGCUGAAAAAAUCAUUGACUUCAUGGACACUUCCUCUUCCCCAGACGCAGGAAUAAAGUCGGUGGGAGAGUUUGGGAAGAGGUUAAGUGAGUCUUUAUGGGCCUCUGAAGAUCUCAGCUGCAGGUCAGAGUUGAGGCAGGACAUAGAGGCCAGCAGGGGGAGCCCUGAGUGGACCGCAGCUGCUGAUUCUCAGAGGGCAAUAAGCCUCGAUGCAUCCGAGUGCUUGGCGAAAAUGAACGACACGCCUGCGACGUUUUUAGUCCGCAGCGCGGCUUUGGAGGACCUGACAGCCAUUGAAGACAGAAGCUUGUGGGGUAACCAGGAGGAGGAGCAGAUAAAAGAUGGACUGUCUGUCAAAGGAGCUGAAACAAAGUGUCACAGUGACUCUAGAAGCAAAAAUAUCCCUUCAGAAACAAAGCAAAGUCUCCAGGAACAAAGGCUGUCAGAAUCUGGUUUUGAUUCUCAUUCAGAAGAUCUCCCUCCAACACACAUCACUGGGAGCAUUUCUGGGAAGCAUCGUCCCUUCACCAAACCGCCAUGUGACGCAGAGGCUGAAAACAGCAGUGAGUCAUCACCACACAGGGCCAGCGAUUCAAAGCCUGACAUUUCCAAUGACUUACAGAAGAGCAGUGUUGCUCAAGCCUCCUCCCAGCUGCAGAAAUGUCCCUGCCCAAGCCCUGCAGCCAGAAGGUCUCUGGUGCCGGUCGCUGUUUUCAAAGCUCAAGUAAAGACAAAUAAUGGAGAUAAGAGUCAAACUGUCACCACACCACCCUCUUACCUUAAAAGACCCACUGUUGUCGCCAAGGGCAACAAAACACCCGGUUCCUCCCGAAACGGCCACAGCUCCAUCCCCAUUAAAGCCACCAGCAGCCCCGGAGGUGCUGGUGCUGCAAAGCCUCAAGUCCAAGGAGCCAAAACUACUGCCAGAAGUGCAGCUCAACCAGCUAGUGCCAAGAAACCUCCCACUCCAAAAAAUGAAAAAGAUGCCAGGAGUGGGCAGAGCAGCCCUGGUACGCCCAAGUCCCCCGGCAGCCAGGCACUAUCCGCCGCUGAGGCCAACAAAGUGAAGAAGGUCGCUGUUGUACGUUCCAAUCCGAAAUCUCCGGGAUCGCUGAAAAGCCGUUCUCCGGCUCCACUGGCUGCUGCGGCGCCGCUGCCUGACCUGAAAAACGUCAAGUCAAAGGUCGGCUCCACAGAGAACAUGAAACACCAGCCUGGAGGUGGGAAGGUGCAAAUCGUGGAGCAGAAGUUGGACUUUAGUAGUGUGCAGUCUAAGUGUGGCUCCAAAGACAAUGUCAAACACAAGCCAGGUGGAGGAAAUGUCCAAAUCCUCGAUAAGAAGGUGGACUUAUCCAACGUCCAAGCUCGCUGUGGUUCUAAAGACAACUUAAAGCACAAGCCUGGAGGAGGAAGGGUUAAAAUACUAGAUCAGAAGUUGGACUUUAGCACUGUCCAGUCUAAGUGUGGCUCCAAAGACAAUAUAAAACAUGCUCCCGGUGGAGGCAACGUGCAAAUUCUCGAUAAGAAGCUGGACUUAAGCAGUGUGCAGUCCCGUUGUGGCUCCAAAGAUAAUAUAAAACAUGUACCCGGUGGUGGCAAUGUUCAAAUCGUGCACAAAAAGAUUGAUUUGAGCAACGUUACAUCAAAAUGUGGAUCGAAAGACAACAUUCAUCACAAGCCAGGUGGUGGAAAUGUGGAGAUCAAAACCGAGAAGCUAGAGUUUAAAGUUCAGUCCAAAGUCGGCUCCCUGGACAACAUUGGUCAUGUCCCCGGAGGUGGACAGAGGAAGCGGGAGAAGGGCAAGGACGCGGAGGGGAGUGUCUCAGACAGCAUGUCCAUCCCCUCCCCUGUUGUCACCCCCCCUCAGUCACCUCAGACUGUCCCUUCAGCACCUACCACACCCAUCCUGACGAACCCUCUCAUAAAGAUUGAGGACUCGCAUUGAGAGCCACAAGCUGAGCUUCCGUGAGACGGCCAAGGCACGCACCGACCACGGCGCUGAGAUCAUCUCCCUGGAGGACUCGCCCCAGCAGCUCAGCACCGUGUCGUCCUCCGGCAGCAUCAACAUGACCGACUCCCCGCAGCUCUCCACGCUGGCCGACCAGGUGUCCGCCUCUCUGGCCAAGCAGGGCUUGUGAAUGUGCCCUGCUUGGCCCGCCUCGCCCCCCCGUCCCGCUUCCUGCUCCACCUGCACCACACAACCACAUAGAGGAGUUGUAAUGCCUCCCUCAUUACUUUCACUGGACUUUUUUUUAAGAUACCCAUCACUGUUUGUCCUCCACUAACCUCUUAAAUUUACCGAGGCGUUACUUUUAGAGAAGAAAAAAAUAAUAAUCUGAGUACCAGGUAGGCCAAAAUGUAUUGAAUUCUCUCUGGGGUCUUCUUGCAAACUGCUUAAACCUUUUGUAGUAAAUAUUUAGGAGUUAAAACAUCCAGCUGAGCAAAAUUUUCCCAGUGAAUCCGAGUGCAUUGUUUCAUCUCAACACAUCCUGAUGAAAACGACUUGGUUUCCUCUCACAGACUGUAAAACCUUUACCAAUUUCCCUUCGAUGGGUGUUCACUAAUGUUUGGGUUUUUUUAGAUACACAGAACAUGAGCCUUGAGAGAGGAGGGUGAAUCCAACUCUUUAGCUCCAGUUUGAUUUAAAGGAAAAGUGACGGGCUCCGAUGAAGGUUUGGGAGGAAAAAUGUCAAAAGAAAAGUAGCAAAUUUCUUGUCUGGCCAGAAAAAAUGUCUUUCAGAACUCUCUGCUUUCUUUGCUUUGUGUCCCGACAUGUGCUGCACCUCCAGCCACAGUAGGUGACCGUGGUCGGUGGUGUGGCAAAAAUAAGACCACUGAGGAGCUAAGGGAGGCGCUGCCUGAGCUCACAUUGAAGUCUGUGAGCUAAAAGGAAACUCUUCCCGUCACCCACUGUCUGAACUCAGACGUUCAUCCAGACAUGUGAUACAAAUGCCUCAGUUCACCAGUCGAAAGGAUUCCUCAGCACGUCUGUAUUCCUUCAGAACACAUUACAGUAAAUAAAUAAAUGGCUCGAGGCCUUAAGUGUAAUGUGCAUUUUGCGUUUUUUACGAUGUUUACAGAUUUUAUGACAUUGGAGGUGCAGAUAAACAGUUUAUCGCUGCUGCUAUUACUAUCUUUUAUCUUUGUAGCUGCAAUAUUGAAUUUUGAUAACGUAAGGUGUCAGAUAAAGGGAGAUAUCUGAAACUCUUUUUAUACAAAAGAGCAUUGACACUGGAAUGAAAUAAUACAGACUUUAAUUUUAGAAUAGCAGGGUAAAAGUCAGAAUUCUGACUUUAAUCUCAGCGAUUGACUAAAAAUUCUGACAAAAAAGUUUUUAUUUUUUGUCCCUAAGCCUCUUCCGUAUUUUGAGGAGGUAGCUGGAAUUGUAUAAAAUAUGCGACAUUUUGUUCAACUAAACGAAUCUGACUUUUGACAGAGAAGAAAUAUCUUGUCUACUUUAUAAUAAAUGGGCUUCCCAUAAACACUGAAUCUUACCGUUUUAACCCAAAUGUACAUUGAACAGAGACAGUUAAAAUGAAUAUCUGAGCUAACUGAGGGUGACGACCUUUCUCCAUCUCAUAUUGUCAACACAAAAUAUCCUCAGUGGUCUUAUUCCUGGCACACCAUCUUCAACAAAGGCGAUUGGGAAGUUCGCUGGACUUUAAAAAAAAAAAGGAAAAAAGAAUGGCUGGGAAGUUUGGUUCGCGUUGGGCCAGUUUUAUAAUCGUAUUCUGUGCAUAUAUGACAUGUAUUUGAUAUAAAUGGACAUUUGUAUUGUGCCUGCUACUGUCAGUUUUUUUUUUUUACUGCUCCAGCUGUACAUGUGCUACAGCUUGAUUUAUGGGAAGAAAACCUUAAUACAGAAUUAAAGGGAGGGACUUUAUUGUGUGCAGUAUUUAAACCACAGUAAGCACUAAAAUAAUCAGAACAAGGCUAAUUAGUAUUUAAAAAUGCUCAACGUAAUAAGGAGCCCAUAAAGGCUUUCCUGAAAGUGACUUAAUGUAUUAUUUCAAGUUCCUAUUAAAUUAAAUAGGAAAAAUAAUCUGUUGUUGCCAAGUAGAUCGGUGGUUAAAGGGAUUUUUGUGUGCACUGCAUUAUUAAGGUAAGCAAAAACAAACUGUAAAGCAACAAGUUCACCUCUUCAGGCACUUUAUCGAUACCUCUGCAUGUCACCACUAACCAGGAAACACAUCAUCUGCUUCCCUUUAGAUUCAGAUACUUGUAAAUUAUGUGGACACACUUCAAGCACAUUAAACCUUAAAACUGCUGACUUCAUGCAUUUAAACGGGUAUAAAUCCUUACAGUGAUUCAUAAUCUCAGUGUUAUUUAAACACACUAUAAGGUUUCUGAAAUUUAAAUUUAAUACUAAGCUGGUAGUGGUAAACUAGAAAGAACAUUUUGUUUUUAAUUCCCUAAAAAAAUUUUUUAAAAUAAAUUGGUCCAUUUUGGAGAAAAAAUGCUGAACUUUUGGCUUUGAUGCCCCAAAUCAAACGGUAGUUUCGUCAAAUGCUCCAAUUUGUCUGCUAGAAUUGCAUCACCAGUGAUCACAAAGACAUAUAAUUCAUAUGGUGGAAAAAUCUGGGAAUAUGUAAGCUCUAAUGACACCACAGAAACCCUGCGUAUAGUUUGAUACCACGGCUCAGUUCUUCAGCUGUUAUUUUCUGCCAGGAAAACAUCCAAAACACCCCUUUAGACUCCCCAAUUCCCUCGUGAUCCGUUUUGGCACUAAUGAAACAUUCUUGCAUGCGUUUAAUGUAAGAGACAGCUGUCUGCUUGUUGCCUCCCUUUCACAGAUUGAUCUCCUGGUGUACCCCCAACCCCCAUUUGUAUCUGCUCCGGAUUUUUGGAAGGGUGCGAGAUCAAAAAGGGUCAAAACUCAGCAGACGCGUAGAACUCCAAGGUGUGCUUGCAACAUCAUCUGCAUGCUGACAUCUUUAGUUGCAGUAGACCACGUUCCGUCUCCGGAGAUCAGGACAGAAACGAGGUGGAGGAAAGGAAGGGGGCCUGAUCCCCAGCGUGCUGUGAAGAGGUUCCUACAGUAACAACACUCACCUUUAUUUUGUUUUUGGUUGCUUCCGACGCUGUACAGACGUGGAAAUGUGAUUGUUCUUGUUAUUGUGCAUUGAUCGGUAACUGGUUUAUGGUGAUUCUUGUUGCUGUAUAUGUGUAUUUGAAAUAAACGCUGCAAAGUCACACUCACGUCUGAAUGAACCUCGAAUGAAUGACUAAGAUGAGAACAAUGGUGCCAAGUUAAACAUAAAUGUUUUAAUGGUACUAUUUACAAGAAAGAAAACAAUUCUGCUUUUUGAUUAGGUUAUAACUGCUGCAACAAUCGAACAGGUACAUUGACAUCUUAACUACAAAACAAACAAACAAAAAAAAAACUGAACGGUUGUGGUGUACAAAGGAGGCGGAAAAUGAAAACAACCAUAGAUUUUUUUUUCUUUUUUUGCAUAGCAAUUAGUUACGUAAAGUGGAGGAGGGAUGAGGUGAGAGCAUAAUUACAAGGUUGUGAAAGUGGAAAAAACCAAAAUCUGGCUUUGAACGGAUCAUUCUGAGGAAAAGUGUCAUUAGAUUACUGUCCAGAAAGACCUGAGCUCGGGUGGCUUCUAAUUCAGAGCUGCUACAUUUUAAAUGUUUAAAAUCUUGUUAAGCUGAAACAGAAACCAUAAAGGGG